AACAAUAGGUAACUUGUUAACAGUUCAUUUUACAGAGAACUAAAUAGACAACUUCAUUUCUUUUUGUAACAUUUUAAAUUGAAAAUUUGGCCGCCAUAUUCCAAAAUGGAGGACAACUUUAUUUAUUUGAAUGGCAACACCAAAUUCUUAUGAAAUUUUUGGAUUUUACGUAACAUACUAAGACAUUAAUUUUUUACUCUUGCCAUUUUUUUUAUAAACCUAACCGUUUCGGAUGACCAGCCAUAAUAAGCUACACUUAAUCAUAUGGAUAUUGUAUCACGCUGGCUUAUAAUGGCUGUAGCCUACAUAUCCUAAACGGUUGGGUUUAUCAAAAAAAAAAAAUGAAAGGAGUAAAAAUGUCUUAAAAUUCUUUGAAGAAUCCAAAAAUAUCAUAGAAAAUUGGGGUUGCCAUUAAAAAAAGAAAAAUGUCCUCCAUUUUGGAAGAUGGCGGCCAAAUUUUCAAUGUGAAAUGGCAUGUCGUGAAUAGUCACAAAAAAGAAGGAAAGCUCCCCAUUUAAAGUUGGCUGACGGUUCAAUGGUUUUUGAUAUACCGGUGAUUAAUCAUUGAAAAAACUCUAUUUUAUUGACUUCAUGAUAAGAAUACGUACAAAAAAUAGGCCUACCCUCCAGCUCGUAAACCGUUGGGUUUAUCAAAAAAAUGACAAUCGUAAAAAUGUCUCAAAUUCUAUGUAAAAUCCAGAAAUAUCAUGAAAAAUGGGGGUUGCCAUUAAAAAAAAUAAAGUUGUCCUCUGUAAAAUGAACGGUUAACAAGUUACGGUACCUAUUGUUACACCUUAUGUGAAUCAUUCUGUACGGUAGGCCUAUAUGAAUAAUAUUGAUGUAGGCCUAGUGUACGGUAUCACCAAAGGGAGGCUCAACCAGCAACACAUGCAUAUGCGUGUCAAAAAAUCCACAAUCCAAUUUAUACACAGGUGAUAAACCUCACACUAUUGAACUAUCACAAAUAAAUCAUUGAAAUGUGCCAGUGAAUAGUGUCUACAUUGUGAGGAACAAUAACUUAUGGAAGCACCACUCAACUUCACAUACAAUGUAUCUUUAUCCUCUGCGCAGUCGAGGCAAGUUUGAAUGCUGCACAAUUAUUGCAUUAUAAAACGGAGCUAUUAUUGUUCUAAGAACUGUCUUUGAUUUUGUCAUCAUGAAAAUUAUCUUAUUGCAGCUUCUAUCUAUAUUAUGUCUCUCGACUCAAAAGGAAACGAAGGGCGUAGAAGAUGUGAAAAAUUUCAUUGACAAAUGCGGUUGGUUCAAGCAAAAAGAGCCAGUAAUCAUAAAAGUGACUGAGAGAAAUAAUAUUUACAAUAUUGGAACGAAAGACAAAGAUUCUAAGGAUGCUCCAAAGUCAUUGACAGUUACUGAAAAUGGUGGAAAAGAUGGUAUUUCGACCAGUUCAUCACCAGCACCAGUGGCAGAAACUGAAAAUGUUAUUUCCUUGCAAGAUAUAGUUGAACAACUCAACAACUUUGAAACUGGAAUAACUCAACCAUUAUCAAAAAGUGCUGACAUUGUGGAAGGUGUCAGUAGUGAUGUCAAAGGAGCUCCUAAUGUUUUACCUCAAUCUGAUCAGGCUCCGGUUUCGGAAAUUUUAGAUUCGGCUGAUAAAAUCAUAAAACAGCCAUUAAUGAUGAGUGAGGAUAUUAUUAAAAAAAGUUCUGUCACUGGAAAAGACAGUAGUCCUCCUGAUCAAAAAUCACUAUCUCUUGUUAACUCAGGAUCCUCACCUCUAACCGCCAUUUUGGAACCACCAAAACAAGUAGUUACCAAUCCAAAAGAGCUCUCAUCCGUUAUUCAGACUCAAACCGUACCAGUACCGGUACCGCCGAUUUUAUUGAAAAAUCCAUCGUCGGCAGCAGUGGCACCGCAGCUUCAGUUUCCACCUUCAACAAUUAUUCCAACUGAUAUUAAACCCAAACUACAAAGUAACACAGCAACAGUAGUAAAUCAAGCUCAACCGCCUACAAAUUUCAACAAUCAACUGUCAAAUCAAGCUUUUAAACCCCAAUUCAAUGGAUUUAUGUUUGGAGACAUUUUCAAUAUAAUACCCAAUAUCGUUAUACCUCAAAUUCAGCAAGCUUUGCCUCAAUUUGUACCACCGGUUAUAUAUUCUCAACUACCAAAGUUUCUUACACCAAUUCUCCCUCCAAUAGUUAGUAACAUAUUAUUCCCAUCAGAUUCCAAUCCCCAAGUACUAAAAAGCAAUUGAAAUUGCACUGUACUUGACAAAGGAUCCUGUAAAAGUAAUCUAGAUGAAAUUUAUCCAGAUUACAGUAUGGUACCUCAUCUAAUUCAAAAGGGUCAUAUAGUUUAUCCAUGUAGCCUAUCGCUCAAUUAACUCAUCAAUAUUCGAUGAUAAAGCACUGAGCAUUUAUGUGUAAUAAACAUAGAAUAUUUUUGUACCUAUGGUUGGGUAUAAAAUCGCAGCAUAUGAGAAUUCUUGUAGGGUACAGUAGUAGCUUAUAAUGUGAGAUAAAUAUAGAAUUUCACCCAUAGGGUAAGUGGUACCGUAGAUAUGAAUCAUGUUUCAUAAGGUAUUUCCUUUUUAUCCAGCAAAAUAUUUAAUGAUGUCAAUGUACAACCAAGUGUAGGCUACAAGAUAUUUUUUGUGUAUUUUUAUCAAAAACAUUUUGUUAUUGGGAUUUUUAAAUCCUGUGGUUGGUUUUCUUAUCUAUAACACAGUGAAGUGCAGUAAAAACGAACACAUAUGUUAUAAUUGAGAUAAAAUAAUGUCAUAAAUCAAAUAAAGUCAUGUGUGAACAUUCUUGAAUUUA